CCUUAUCCAGUGGAUCUAUACUGACAUCUACUGGCGGUGAAGACAACAGCACGUCUGUGUCUCUACUAACGAAAGUGUUGACCAGAAUAAGCGCUGCACCUCCUGACAGACGAAGGGAGGUAAAACGACGCUGAAUGCUGCAGAUUGCACGAUGGAGUCCAGUGGAAAACCAUCAACUGCACAGAUUGUGGUUUUAGCCACUAGCUCUGCCCUGACUGCCAUCUUCUAUUCCAUUUACAGGGGCAGAGCUAAAACAGUUGCCAGUUUAAAGGAAGCAAAGAAAAUCUCCAUUGAUCAGGAUUUGAAAAACAUCCUGUCUGAAACCCCCGGCAGAUGUGUCCCAUAUGCUGUCAUAGAAGGUGUGGUGCGAUCUGUAAAGGAAACUCUCAACAGCCAGUUUGUUGAAAACUGUAAAGGCGUCAUUGAGAGGCUGACGCUGAAGGAGGAGAAGAUGGUUUGGAAUCGUACCACUCACCUUUGGAACAGCACAGAGAAAGUCAUUCACCAGCGCACCAACACGGUUCCAUUCGCUCUUGGGUCUCACGAUGAAGACAUUGCAGCAUCAGUUCGGGUUAUACGACCAUUAGAUGCUGGCGAGUUGGACCUGGAGACCACCUACGAGAACUUCCAUCCCACAGUUCAGUCCUUGUCUAACGUCAUUGGCCACUUCAUCAGCGGAGAGCGACCGAAGGGCAUUCAUGAAACAGAGGAGAUGCUACGAGUGGGAGAAAGUGUCACAGGAGUGGGAGAGCUGGUCCUGGACAACAACCUGAUCAAGCUCCAGCCUCCUAAACCAGGUUUCUGUUAUUUCCUCACUCGGCUGGACUAUGAGUCUCUCCUCAAGAAGCAGGUGAGCAGCGUCAGACUGUGGAGGGUUCUGACCCUCGUGUUCGGGGUCGCUGCCUGCUCCAUGCUCCUCUUCAUCCUGUGGAAGCGCUACCUUCACUCCAAACAGAGCAAGAGGAAGAAAAACAUGCUGGAGGAGUUCAAGGAGCAUCAGAGGAAACGUAUGCGUGAACUCAACAUAGCGGAAAGCAGCGUGUCACCCAGCAGCUGCACUGUGUGUCUGAGCCGUGAACGCUCCUGCGUGUUUCUAGAGUGUGGUCAUGUGUGUGCCUGCAUGCAGUGCUACGAAGCCCUGCCAGAGCCAAAGAAAUGCCCCAUCUGCAGGGCAGCUAUUGACCGGGUGGUGCCUCUGUACAACAGUUAAUGUGUGGAAGCUGAUUCAGCAUCACAAUAAACCUGAAAAUAUCAUUUGAAAGCAGUUCUUUCAGGCUUGAAAAAGAGCAGUUUUUAUUUUUACUCAUACAGAUAAAUACUGGCUGUCUCUGUGCUGAAUCAUGUUGUAGUCAAAUGAUCAAAUUCAUAAACAAAUGAAUAUUGAUUGAGAAAUUUGUGUCAUCUUGAGAGAAGAAAAGAGACUCUGAAUUGCUAUUGAUUCAAGAAGUGUUUAGCUGCACUUCCAGGCAGCAAUUAAUCAGAGGAGUUGAGAACAUUUCUGACACUGUUUUGAAUACUUCAUCACGUUUGGUACAGUCUGGUGAUAAAAUAAAGCUUAAUGUACACUUGUUGGUGUCCAGCUUCUGCUCUUCAUGCUCAAAUAAACUCACUACUGUUUCUUUAAAGUUU